AAGAAGGGUCCAUAAUUCCAUUCAUGCCAAAUUGCUAAUUACCUUCUUUCUCUCUCUCUCUCUAUAUAUAAUUAUAUAUAUAUCUUUCUCUCCUCGCCCGUGCUUUCCUCCUACAUCUCUUCACAAUUAAUUGCCUGCGCCACUCCAGUUUUCUCUCACUAGAUUCUCGAAGAUUGUCAAGGAAUUGAGUUUCUACACGUACGAUUUGAAGAGUGAACUAUGAAGUGGUACAGUAUUUCCAUUGAUGUUCUCCGGAAAGUCAUCAUUCUAAAUAUGUACUUCCAUAUGAUUCUAUAAUCUUCUAUCGGAUUGAAUCGGAGUAUUUAAUUUGCUUAUUCGUCUUCAAUUUGAAUCUAUUGAUCCAAUUUGUAACCGCUGUAUUAGCAUUUUCUUUUGAAUCAGUCAGUCAUUUUGUUAGUUUACCUUUGAGAUCUGAGAGAGUGACUGAUAUAACGGCCUGAGAAGCAGUAGUAAGUAGUGAUGGUUUGCCAAGCAGCUAGAAGAACAACAUUCAGAGCAUUGAAACACGAGAACGGGAUAGCUGGAUGUGCGGCCAUUAUAGUUAGAGUCAUAGCUUGCUUUCAACCUCUCCAGGAUUGCCAGGCAGAAUAUUUCCGUCAAUUGCUUAAGCCGGUUACUUAAAUCAGUUUCGGUGUUUUCAUUUUCAAUUCAAUCUCUUAUUGUUGUUGUUCUCUUCUUCAGUUUUGAUGGAAAAGAGUUUAGGAACCUGCUCUAGCCACCAGCUUUCUGCUUUCAGACCACCACUACCACUACAGGAACCAGAACCGUUUGCUAUCUCUGCAAAUGAACUUAAUAGCGAAUAUCUUGGCUGCUCUUAUCGAUCACCUCAGUUAAUUGAGGCAUUAAAUGAGAAGAUGAAGGUAAACGAAUACCUUCCUGCAUCUGGAUUUCUCCAGAAGAAGAGAUUCCUUGUAUUUGAUCAAUGCGGAAACAGGACAACAUUGGUUUCUCCAGCUUACCUGACUUGGUGUUGGCAUGAUCUGAACUAUAAAAGUGGUACAACAGCUGGAAAUAAUAAUAGUAUUACCUGUUUGUCGUCCGAUCAUAGAGAUGAAUCUGAAGACAAUAAUAACACACACGAGGACACUGAAGAAAUCGAUGCAUUGCUGUAUUCCGAUGAUGAUGAUGGUGAUGAUGAUGAAGAAGCUAGCACUGGCCGAUCACCUAGCUUCACAAGAGGAGACAAUGAAGAAGAAGAAGUUACAAGUUCAGCUAGGUCUACUACUACCAAGAGGAUUAAACUGUCUGAAUCAACUUGGUCUAAGGUCUGAAUCAAUUGUCUUUGGAUGAAAAUGCUAUGUGGUGUUAUACAUCAUUUGUGUCAACUGGCAGCAUUUUUCUUUUACUGAAUGAUGUACAAUACCACAUUGAUAUUUACUCCAUUCACAAUUCUCCACUUUAAUACUACUGCUGGUAACUUAUGAGU